UUGUGUUCGCAAUUCGCAUCGCCUGUCCUCUAAACUCUGUCUAAUGUUUACAGUCGAAAAAUAAUUUGCUCUUCUCAUUAAAUUGUUUGUUAAAAAUAAAAUGGCUCAAAGGGAAGCUGCUAAAGUAUUCGUGAGACAAGUUAAACCUCUUUUGUCGUUAGAUCAAAUUGAAGCUCAAAGAAGAGUAAGGAAUCUAUAUCGAGCAUGGUAUCGUCAAAUUCCAAUAAUUGUUCACGACUUCCAUAUUCCCAAAACUGAAAAACAAUGCUAUGCAAAGCUGAGAGAAGAGUUUGACAAGCAUAAAGACGUCAAGGAUAUACGCUUAAUCGAUAUGUUGAUUAUCAAGGGUCAAAUGGAACUGAAGGAAAUCGUAAACAAGUGGAAGCAAGAAUGUCAUUUGAUGAUGUACUUCAAAGACACUGUAGAGCCCAAGCCUAAGGACUUCCUAUCCAAAUUCAUGAGUGGGUCUGACUGAAAUACCCCUCAACGGUAUAGUAAUCCCAAAAAUGGAAUGAUAGCAAUUGGUUCCAUUAGUGUACAAAAGAUGAUUGAAACAUGACUUGUGUAUAUAUGAUUGAAAUAAAUGUUAUAAAACAAUA